AUCUAAUCAUAACCUUCAUAUUUGACAUGUUCUCUGCUACAACUCCAAAACUUCCGAGUGCUGAAACAUGAUUAUUGUACCCUAAAUUUUUGGUUUUAAGAACUCGUAAAAACUUUUAAUACAUGCAGUUAAUUUUUACUACGUGCUUUUUCGAGGACCAAACGAUCCUCGAAUUUUAAAUGGCUACUACAUUGUUAUUCGCAUCGUCAAAAAUUCGCUAUGCGAUACAAAACACAAAAACGGAAUUCUCAACGCCAACGUGUUUCAUCCCAAUGUUCAUCGUCGUAUCGUCGAAAAAUGAGAACAGCAUUAUCCAUCGCAGCAACUUUGCUCGUGGCCCUGUUGAUCGAAUCCUCGUUCGCCGAGGACCCCGUCCGUCCACCGCCGAUAAAGAUAGACAGAAAUCUUCGGAAAGCAUUGUUGAAAGCCCUCGCUGACUUGGACACGGAAUCGGCUGAGCAGAAGAGCACGACAGAGUCGGCAGGGACGAAGCUCGACGAAGUCGAUUUGUCGGGAUCGGAUGAGACGUCGCCGGCGACGGAGCAACAGACGAGGGAGCCGACUCGUACUAUUUUCUCGUUCGAUGACUUUCCGAGGGAGGAGGAAAGCCCGAACGAGGAUAAAUUGCAAAAUUCGACGUUCGUUGAAACCGACAAGUUCGAGGGGUCCGAUAAUCCGAGAACGAUAACUACGAGCGAAAUCUUGAGGUCCCACGACGCGAGCAACUACAGUAACAACAGAUCUUUCCAAGCCCACGACGUCAUCCUGAAAGACAAAUCGUCUGCGAUCUAUGACAAGAGUCCCGAAAUCGUUUACGACCAGUUGGAAACUCGAAGCGUGAAAACGUCGAGUGCCCCGAUCAACGUGAUUGAUAAUUCGAGUGGAAAACCAUCGGGAAAGUACCAGGAGAGUUUGCUCAUCAGUUCGAGCAACGGAAUAGCAUCGGCGAACGCUCUGGUUCCUCCGAGUCCAACGCCGUCGAGUCCGACCGCAUCAACGCCGCAGUCAUCAACAAACUCGACAAUAAAAGCCGCCGUUUCAUCGUCCCCGUCCGGCAGUCCGGUAAGCACAAAGGCGAGCCCAAAGGACGAGCAAGAAGUGAAGAUUUUUCAGGCUCCGUUGGUCGCAGCGUUCACGGUCCAGCAAGAUGAGCGAGGGGUUCCAAAGAGCGUCGUGCCCAUUUACAGACCGAGUGGAGACGGGCAAACUCUGACUCUCCAGGAACAGUUGGACUUCAAGCAGCAGCUACUGGAAAGGCAGUUGGCCGAGUUGCAGGCUCAGCAGAUUCAGCAGACCCAAUUCCUCGUGAGACAGCAGCAAAUUUACGAGCAACAACUCCGGCAGAAGCAACAGCAAGAAUUGUUUUUCCAAGAGCAAAGCAGACUCAAACAACUGCAGGAGGAACAGGCGAGAUUCAAACAGUUGGAAGAGCAGCGAAACUAUCAAUUCCAGGCGCAAAAAUCUUCUGAGCUAUUUUCUCAGAGCCAGCAGAAUGCUCGACUCGCGCUCCAGCCACCAUUCAAAACUCCCAACGUCAAUAUCCAACCGAGUCUGACCCUGGAGCUACCCAAAGCAGCUGCAGCGGCCCCUUUCCAACCGCAUUUCCCCGAUCAGCAGAGAAUCCAGCAGUUGCGUCAACAACAGUUGCAACAGCAGCAGACUCAUUUGCAGCUCCAACGUCAGCAACAAUUGUUACAGCAGCAAAGACUUCAGCAGAGUUUCCCCUCGUUCACCACGGACUUCCAGCCACCGAGCGCCAGUCCGGCGCACAGAUUCAACCGCCAGGAAGCCUUCGGGGCUGUGGGAAACUUUGGCUUCAAUGAAAAUCGACAGCAGCACGUACCCAGCCAGAGAAACCACUUCGGCUUCAGUCCCCAACUGUCCAGAGGGCCUCAAACCUUCUCGUUCAACCAUCAUCAGCCCCAGCAAUUGCAGCAGCAGCAAUUCAGAUCGCAACGACCUCAAACGCCAGCGAAGCAGAUACAACACUUGCUCUAUCAGUCCGGAGUCGCCGGAAAUUUGGGAACCGUUCAAGGCACCGGAGGCCAAGAAGAUUUGAACAUCGUCUCCAAAGUUUUGGCCCUUAACGUAGGAGCUCUACCAAACAAAAAUUCUCGUUACAAUAACUUUGGCAAUACUGCGUGAAAUUAGCUCUUCUUACCGACACGUUGAGUCAUAAAUCGUGUACGCGUGUACCUGCGUGUGUGUAUGCAUGAGUCUAAUUAUUCUCGACGAUACGAAACGCUGAACAAUUCUGUUAAGGAAGUCGCAACAGAUGCUGGGGCUCAAACGAUAAAUUUCAGGAUCGUGUAUUGAUCCAAGAAUUCAAUAGUCGCAGAUUUUUGUCAGUUUUCAUUGUGAGCAACGCAUAAAAAAUUGUUGAAACACCGACCAAAACCCCUCAUCGAAAUGGCUUCGUGCCACGCGUUACAGCAGUGACAGUGAAAUCGAGCGAUAUUUUCACUCGCCGGAGCACCAGUUCUUCUUAUUAUAUAUUGUACUUUGACGAUCUUAACCCCCUUCUUCUGAAACUAAUUUUAUAACUUGUACAUUGCAUUGAUCCUGAAACGGUUCAGGAGGAGUUUUUGUUUUCGAUUUUUCCUCUCACAAUCAGCCUUUCUCGCCCCCCUGCAGCUUCUACUCUUGACACGACUGUUUUCGGAAUGCCUGUUUCAAGUAAGGAGCCCAAGUCGUUUGAAUGUAAAAAAAUUCGAAGAAAAUUAGUACUUCGUUGCUGUGACGUGAAAAUUGAGUUUAGAAUUUUGCAUUUGCACUUCUGCUAAGAUUUUCUUUACAGAGGAUUAAAAACGAGGAACUAUAAAUAUCAUGGGAACGAAUGAAUUUCACGUGCUCAGGGCUACGAAUAAUAUUUGCGACUGUGUAGAAAUUUCGUUAGAAAAAGUAACAUGGUUUGUUAAAAACGCGAAGAAAUUGCAUUUUCCCAAAUCCUGUGCCGAUGGAACGACGUAUCGAAAGAGUGAGUUACGAAACAGCGAAUCUGGGUAAUAAAAAUCAAAAUUCAACGUUCCAAUUAAGAAAAAUUUAUUUCAUCAACGAAGCAGUUAAUUACGGCGUUAUUUCAGGAUGCAUUUUUUAACGACGACCAAAUUGACAUCGUAGUAGUGUGCACAACGUGAGAAUAAUUCCACAUUUUUUCCUAAAUUGCAAAAUUGCGAAAGAAAAAAGAGCGGAUCGUGGGACUCCAAGAUGGCUACGCUCGAUCGAGGAAACGGUUAAGAAAAAACUAAAAUAUAUUUGUACAAUCUUUUGCACCGAUUUUUAUGGCAUAUAUGUUGAAGGUGACUUUCCUUCUGCUUCGGUCGGGCUUAGCCGACGAACGAGUGACACGAACGUACAUAAUUCUUACCUUACCAUUUCUCCUGUCUUCCCUAUAAAUAGAGAACUAGGAAGCUGCUUAACGAGCCUAAUGAUAUUAAUUACAAAUCUCGGUCGUGCUCAGCGAAGAUUCACUCGCAGUGGUUUCCCGCUGUUAGUCUCUUCCCCUCCACUCGCUCGCCACUCUUGAGCUCGGCACGAACAACAACGAAGAAAGAAAGAAAGGAGAUUAAAGAGAGCGAAUAAAUAAACUGGCGUUCGUGCAUCUCGCGCGAAUAUUCGCUAGGUUAGGACGACGUUUUUGCAUUACAAUAAGCAGUGUGUUACAUCAAUAACUCUAUAAUGCUCUUUUAGUUGUGAAAUUAGCUCGUUUCCCAGUGUAAACAAACAACGUAACGCGUCCUAAUAAUAACAAUAACAAUCAUAAAAAUAAUAACGACAGUGAAGUCAUAACCGUAACACAAAAUAAUGAUGUAAAGGCUCGAUCAAGUAGGGGUUUUGUGGCUCGAGAAAAAAACGAAACAACAUCGAACGAUCCCUCGUGCAAUCGGAUUAUAAGCCGAGAAACCACUUUUCACUGUGUCUUUACGUUGCUGCAAUAUUAAUCCUGUUAUUUGUUGAUUCUUUGUAUGAAUUUCACAGGAUUAUUCGUGCGUUCGUGACGCACCAAUGCUCAAGAAUGAAAGAUGGAUUGUCGUAAUCUUUUUUAACACCGAUGACUUUUGCCAGUAACUGUGUUUUUUUUUGUACCGUUCGGUAAAAUGUAAUUUAUAAGGCUUGCUUUUCGGCCUGCCUUCCAGGAAUGAUUUAUAAUAUUAUGUAUCAUAAAAUAAUAAUAUAAUAAUAUAUUGCAUUAUAGUAUAUAUAAAUCUAUGAUUAUAUUUGUGUUAUUGUAUGUGUUUCAAUAAUAGAGUCGUAUCGAUAAACGUGUAACGAUGAAACAGAAUUAAUCUCGACCAUAUUAAUUUUAGUGUAUCAUAAUGUCGAAAUUUACAUGGUUUACAAUGCGAUGAAAUGUGGCUUUUUGAGACAGCACUGAAUUAUUUACUCACAGAUUAUGAAAAUUGGCUACUUUUCAUUUUGUUACUUUUGAAGAAAUGAAUUAUGAAUGAACUCAACAGU